AUGGGAGAUAAAAGACCUGUGUUCCUCCUUCAAAUUGGCCUUCCCGUGUCAAUGUCGAGCUCAAAGACUUGCAGUACAUCUUCCAUGGCUAGUGUAGUGGAUGGACAAAUAAAGUGGUCUGCAUGCAAGUUGUCAUUACUUGGUCAUCUCCAUUACUGUCUCAAGCUAAAUAAGCCCUGGAGCGGGAAAUCAACUUUGAUCCAAGUGUUCUUUAGGCUGGUGGAACCUUCAGGAGGCAAAAUUAUCAUCGAUGGGAUUGAUAUAACCACAAUAGGGCUUCACAAUAUCAGGUCUCACUAG